AUGUCCGUCUCCCCCCGCGCCAGCAAAGAAGAAUUCAUGGCUGCAUUAGGCCUCUCGACACACGAUCCCCAACACGAGCAAUACUACCGCGCCAUGAGAGACGAAGCAAUCUCCACCUACAACCACCUCAACGAAUCCCCCAGCAACCUCCUAGACAACUACAAAGCCCUCAAACCGCCCUACUUCUGGCACCACAUCCGCCCGGAGCGCCAGCGAUGGGGGAUAAAUGAGAUAGCGAGGAACGCGAGCCCCCUCACGAGACCGUUAUUUGCCCGGGGGAUGACGACGGGCGAGUAUGGGCCGAAUUGGGUGGCGGGUUGGUUGCUGUAUAGUGUUUUUAGGAGUAGGGAUGUGAGGAAUAAUCGGAAUAGGAGGAGAGGGAAUGGGGUUGCUGGUGGUGGUGGUGGUGGUGGUGUGAAGGGUGGGGAGGACGGUCGGGCAAGUUCUCCUCAGAUGGGAGUGAGACAUGAUGGUGGUGCUUCUGCUGGUACUGCUGUUGGGGGUGGUAGUAGUGCUGCCAGUUCUGGGAUUGGUAGUAGUGCCAGCAGUGGAAAGAAGGAGUAUUAUGAUCCUGUUCGAAAUGGUUGA